GAGUACGCGCAGUUGCACAUAGUUGUGCGCGCCGCGGCGGACCAUAGGUUACGUGCAUAAGUGCCCCCCCGCAGAAUCGCUGCUCGUGUUGCGCGAUUCCUCGUCGUCGUUCUUCCGUAAUUCGGCAACGGGGUCGACUGUUCGCUGAUAGAAAAACUGACACAUGGCACGUUGACUCAAGGCGGACAGAAUCGAGUGAGUGAUUGAAAGAGUGCGUGCCCAGUUCGUCGUGUGCACGCGCGCAGCCCAGCCUCUUCGUGCGUGCGUUGCGUUGCAUUGCGUUUCGUGCGUUGUGCGCGUGUCUCCUUUAUUCUUACGAGGAAUCUAGACGCCAGCGAGCUGCCAGGAUGACCAGCAACGAGCAAACGCGUGAGCAGGCAAUCAGCAACGUCGAAACCGAGUACCACGAGAUCAACUCUAAGAACGCUUGGCCGAUUCUCUAUCAGCACAUACGUAACGAGUGUGGAAAUUACGACUACACAUGCAACGAAUCAAAAAAGCCACAGAACAAAAUCUUGAAUCGUUACAGAGAUGUGGCACCGUACGAUCACACUAGGAUUAUACUUCAAAGGGGUGUAUGUGACUAUAUUCACGCCAAUCUCAUACAGGUGGAUCGCGCCCAUAGGCAAUACAUCCUGACGCAAGGACCCUUGCCAAAUACCGUCGGCCACUUUUGGCUAAUGGUAUGGGAGCAAAAUAGUAGAGCCGUAUUGAUGUUAAACAAGAUAAUUGAAAAGAGUCAAGUCAAAUGCCAUCAAUAUUGGCCUUUGGACGACUUGGAACCUACUAUGACGUUCGGAGACGUCGGUUUAAAGGUGGAUUAUGUCAGCAAGAUAGAAUCGUCAGAUUAUACCACUAGGACAUUACGUAUUACGGACUUGGAAGGUAAUAAUGAUAGUAGAGAAGUCUUACAUUAUCAUUAUACCACUUGGCCAGACUUUGGAGUACCACAGUGUCCAACAGCCUUUUUACGUUUCUUGGCAGACGUCAGGCAGUCAGGAGCAUUAGAUCAAAAUGUCGGACCACCUAUCGUUCAUUGUUCUGCAGGAAUAGGACGAUCUGGAACGUUUUGUUUGGUUGAUACAUGCCUAGUACUGAUCGAAGAAAAUGGAUUAAAUGCCGUAAAUGUGCGCGAGAUACUGUUGGAACUGAGACGGUCUCGUAUGGGCUUGAUACAAACACCAGAACAAUUGCGUUUCUCGUAUGCUGCUAUCAUUGAUGGAGCGAAAAAAUUACCACUCGAUCUCUCGACUCUCGAAAGCAGUGAAGAAACGAGUCAUUAUGAUGAGAUGAAUAAUAGAAGUAAUUCUUCGCUAGAAAGAGACGACGAACCUCCUCCCUUACCUCCCCCGAGAGGAGAAUCUUUAACACGUAGUAUGAUGGCAGAUUUGAGUCCAGAUACGCCCACUGAAAAUGACGAAUUAAAUGGACCGCCUGAUAAACCAUUACCGAGCGAACCACCAAAUCAUACAGAAUCAUCCACAGGUACGAAGUCUAUCGCGAACAACAUAGGCGACCAAAAUGUGGACGAUAUCGCGGUACCUGAUGAAGUCACUCCCGAUGAUAUUUCGAAUUCGUCCAAUUUAGACGGGAAAGGGGGGGAAGUACGUCGACGCAAUCGGGAGAGAAACGAACGAUUGGCGGCACAAGUGAGGGAGAUGAAACGCCGGCAGAAGGAGACAGAAGAAUGGCAGAAGCUCAAGAGGUCAUUAUUUACGCCCCUUACAAUAAGCAUAGGCAUCGGGAUCGGUGGGGGUAUCGUAGCGCUAUCGUAUUACUAUCUGUACAUGCGUAGUUAGAUCUACCGCGUUUAAGGAUACCGUACAUACGCACGUACACACGAACUUUCGAAUUGUCAGCAAUAUUGAAACGAUUUGAUAAUUGAGAAUGGUUACUCUCUCUUAACACGAGAUUCUAAUAACGUUUAAAAUCUGCACGACCACACGAGAUUUUAAUAACUUAAUUUUUAUCUUGGUUAGUGUUUUUCUAAGACAGUAAUUAAGAAAAGCAUUUCGUAAUAUGAUUGGCAGCAUAAUCUCAUCUCGUCAGCGAUACAACUGUUUCCAUUAAAAUAAUAAGUAGAAGGAAACAAUAGGAAAUAAUAAAACAAGAAAAGAAUAAUGCUAAGAAGUAAUCAGGACAAUGUGCUGUAACACAUUGCUUACAUUCGAACAGUACAGAGUAACAGUGAAAGAAUCAGAAACCAACAAAGACGAAGAAAGAAGACGGACUUUCGAUUUGUAUUUUUAUAUUGUGAUUUACUUGAUGAGUAUCUAGAAUGUUAGGAUAUGCAUUUGUUCUUUUCAUAACCCUUUGGCUACCAUCAAAAAGUUCAUAGCUUAAUUGAUACAUACGCUUACGGAACACGUUGUAACGAAUAAGAAGAAGCAUACAGAAAUUAUUGGUUUUUCGUGAUCUAUCACUUUUACUAUUUUUUUUGGGGGGUAAAUAAACAAUAUUUAUCAAAAAAUAGUAAACUGUAUAACUAUACGAAAAACUAUAUAAUUAUACGAAUUAAAUCCGCAAAUUGUUAAUUCGUUUUCUUAUUCUUUAGAGCGGCUAUGAUAGACUCUCGUAUAUUACGUCGUGCACAGGCGUGUAAAAUUAUGCAUUAAGUUAAAUCAUGAAAAAUCAAUUUUAGCAUUAUUGUCUUGCUGUGCUGGCGAGUGACUUUAUUAUUUUCUGUAAAUAGAUAACAAUUGCACAUUUUUAAAUUGACGUCCGAUCUUUUCCUUGUUAUUCAGUUAACAUAACGAUCGGUAAAGAAUAAAAGCACAGAUUACUGUGGUUUUUGAUGAAUUAUUUCUAAAUAAAUGAAUUAGAAUUUA